AUGGCGGGUUCAAUUACUGAUGCGGCCCAAACGGGCAACAAAGGCCCUGAACUGAUGGCGGUAAUGUGGUCAAUGACAACUCUUGCCACGUUACUUGUUAUCGCGCGUCUAUGCGUUCGCCAGCGAAUGUUACGCAACUUUGGGUUCGAUGAUUGGUUGAUUGGAGCAUCUAUGAUCUUCGGUUUACUUUUCGUUGCGACUGCGACAGUCUCAGUGACAUACGGAUAUGGAAAACACACGACCAAUCUUGGAACUAGGGCCACCGAGCUCGCCCUCAUGUGGAAUAUGAUCUCGUUCAUUUUCGGAAUUAUAUCCUUUGCAUUACCGAAACUCGCAGUAGCCGCACUACUCCACCGAAUACUGAACCCAAAUAAGAUCCAACGCAUAGUAGUGUGGGGUCUUGUCAUUAUGGUGUCUAUCAUUGCGCUCAUCAAUAUCCUGAUCUAUGUUACCAUGUGCGAUCCACCACAGGCACUUUGGAAAACCUCGAUGGUAGUGAGAGGAGAGGCAACCUGUAGGAAUGUUUGGAUUCUUGUAAACUACGCUACAUUUAAUGGAGCUUUCUCCGCAUUUGUCGACCUUUUCCUCGCAAUUUAUCCCGGGAUGGUGCUGUACAAGCUUCAAAUGUCAUUGCGCAAGAAGAUUGCAUUGACUGCUGCGCUCGGUAUGGGUUCAAUUGCGGCUGCAGUUGCAAUGGUCAAAUGUGCUCAGAUCAAGGGCCUGGCUGACCAAACAGAUCCAACUUAUGGCACUGUAUCUCUUGUGCUCUGGACCAAUGUCGAGGCCAAUGUCGUUGUUAUUGCUGCCUGUAUACCAACAUUACAACCAAUGCUUGAACUUAUUCUAAGAAAACUGAAACUCAGUUCGACGUCUAAGGCUCAGUCCAAGCCGUCAACUUAUGCACAGUAUAAGAUAUACGACAAUCAAUCCAGUUCUCGAGCUCACGUGUCGAAAAAAGAAAGGCCAACUCCAUUGUCCAAAAAGGAGAGUCAGGAAAGCAUCCUGAAUGACAUAGAGCAAUACCAAAUACGGCGCACAGAUGAGGUUUAUGUUGAAUAUGAGAUGCAGCCACCGAAAGAAACAUGUCUAAAAUAA